AUGGUGCCCCGAAGUAGGAAGAGUGAUCCUAUCGAUGAUCCUCGUUUCAAAACCCAAAAACAAAAAUCGAGGAAAUCUUUGCGUAAAGCGCAACGGAAGGCAGACAAGCAGAGGCAUCACCAAAACAUGAUACAAUGGAAGCAAAGGCGAAGCAACAAGCCAUCACCUCAAGAGACCGCAUCGCAUCAAGAAGCAAAGGUGAAACCGCAGAAACGCAAAAUGGACCAGAACAAUGAAGUGGCGCCACCCACCAACCAGCCAGUGGAAAAGUCAUACGAUGAACUCGAAAUCGAGUACCUGGAACGCAAACUGAGGAAGAAUAGGAAGAGUUCCGCCAAGGCGGGCGAUUUGUUCCAAUCACUCAAAAAGGAGUUCGUAAAUGAUGGAUUCGACGAAGAAUUCCUGGAUUUCCUCUCAGAGAUAAGCAACAUGGCGGAGAAGGGUAAAAAAUCCAAGGAAGGUACUAGCAUAGAUAAGGCGCAAACUAAAAGGAACGCUGGCAAAUCUAAAACCCGGGAUCACGAUGAAGAAUUUGAAGAUGACGAUGAUGAAGAGGGCGACGAAGGCGAAGGUGAGGACGAAGAGGCGGAUGGAAGUGAGGAGGAUGAGGAUGAAGACAGUGAAGGUGAGGAUGAAGAGGAGGACGACGAAGAUGGUGAGGAUGAAGAGGAUGCAGAGGAAGACGAAGACGAAGACAUUGAAGGCAGUGAUGACAGUGACGGAGAUAUAGAUGGCAACCACAAUGGUGAAGAUGAGUUGCCGCCUAAAAAGAAAGUAAGAUUCGACUUACCUCCAAGAGAAAUGAAGGAGAAAUCCAAACAAAAAUCGGAGAUCCGCAAAAGGCCGAUUAAAACGGUCCCAAUCGAUGAAAAGUUAGUGGAAGAGACGAAGAAAAAACAGCGAGGGCUACUCAACAGGAUAUCGGAAGGAAACUUUACGAUAGUUGUAAAGGAAAUAAUCAAACUUUAUAACCACGUGCUAUCGUCGGAGUCUAAUGACGAAGGGAAAGAGCACCUUCUCGCCGUCGAUGAACUCAUAGAAGACUUAUGUGAUUGCACCGUAAAAAUGGUGAUCGAGAAUGAAAGCAGUGUGAUCAGCCUGGUGGCCAUGCACACAGCGCUCAUAUGCGCAUUGUGCAAUACUGUUGGAAUAAACGUUGGAUACGUGUAUUGCCACAAACUGCUCAAAACCCUAGAGGCGGCUCUACCUGUACUGUUUGAGAACCAGGACGGGAAGGAACUUUCAUACGCUAAGCUCGUGACGAGAAACAGUGUCAUGUCAUUCGCCGUCAUAUCGCACCUGGACAUGUUGGAUCUGGAAAUCAUAUUCUUUCUCAUCAAAAACAUAUCGAGGGAGAAUAUCACAGAGCAUGUCGCCCAAAUCCUAAUGGUUCUACUUCGGUACACAGGACACAAAAUGAAAGUUGAAAACCCUACCUCAUUCCAUAACGUAAUUGGGCACCUUAAAAAGUUGCUCGAUAAAUACAAGGAAACUCACGGCGACAUCACACAGAGUAGGCUGCGCUUUUUCGAACAAGAAAUUGAGUCUUUCAAACUAUCGAAGGAGAAGAAGCCGCUCGAAACCUUUGACUUUCUCAAGAACAUUAUUAAGGGGGAGUUCAGACACAGUGCCGGAACUACUAACCCUCAAAUAAGCCUUCAGACACUCCUCAAGUUUACAAAGGAAUCUGAUGGGCCCACCUUGCCAUCCCAUGUGAUACUACACAACCUAGACACCGCAUCACUGAUGGCCGUAAAGUCCUCAAAGAUAAAAGGUGACAAUUCUACGGAAUCACUCCUGCAAAAGGCGGCGGCGUUGCGAUUGUAUUCUAACUGCCAGAAGUCGACCUUCGUCGCCAUUAUGGGUGCGAUAAGCCCCCAACAUGCCGUGGAAAGGAUCAUGGCACUGGGGAUAAAACCAGUGCAAUACACUGAGGUUGUGUACACAGUGGUACAUUCGUUGAUGAGCGAAAAGCUGUACAACGAGUACUACACAGAAGUCAACAAGAAUCUGGCCAGGCUGCCGGCAGCUACAGGAAAAAGAUUCACGAGGGCCUGUGUAUGCACUCUCAUCGCCGUCAUCGAACACUUACAUGAGAAGAAACCGAGGAAAUGUGCGCACGUGGGGCGGUUAUUUGCAGCAAUGGUUGCUGGGAAUGUGCUGGAACUCAAGCUACUGAAGUUUGUCAAGAAGGAGCACAUCGACUCGGAUUCGGUAGAGGCGUUCCUUAAGAGCCUAUUUGGGAACUUGGUGACGCUUACUCCGGCAAGCAGUGAGGAGCACGUUAUAGCACAGCUUAUGUCAUUGGCCAACGUGGAGAUGUUCGACAUACUUUGCGAACUAUGGCUUGAGUACAUUCAGGACCACUGCAUGGACAAGGUGUUGAGUGCUGGUUCUGGAAACGUCUUGAUGGAAGCGUGUAGACGAAUAUUCGGUGCAAAAAACCUAGAACGCUAA